ACACAGACGACGACCGCAACAACCACGACACAUCAAUCGUCACCAUGGGUAAGGGCAAGCCUAGAGGUCUCAACGCCGCGCGCAAGCUGCGCAACCACCGCCGCGAGGGUCGUUGGGCCGAUCUCCACUACAAGAAGCGCCUUCUCGGUACCGCCUACAAGUCCUCGCCGUUCGGUGGCUCCUCGCACGCCAAGGGCAUCGUCCUCGAGAAGGUCGGUGUUGAGGCCAAGCAGCCCAACUCCGCUAUCCGGAAGUGUGUCCGUGUCCAGCUCAUCAAGAACGGCAAGAAGGUCACCGCUUUCGUCCCCAACGACGGUUGCUUGAACUUCGUCGACGAGAACGAUGAGGUCCUGCUCGCCGGUUUCGGUCGUAAGGGCAAGGCCAAGGGUGAUAUUCCCGGUGUUCGUUUCAAGGUCGUCAAGGUGUCCGGUGUCGGUCUGUCCGCCCUGUGGAAGGAGAAGAAGGAGAAGCCUAGGUCGUAAGCGCCUCGCGGGCUUAUCUCGUCUCUCUUGUCGUUUGCAAAUGGGAAAAAGGAGAAGAACGUUCGUCGAUGGAAUGACUCUAUGGCGUGGAUUCUAAGGAAAUUGGGGUUUCUGAG